GGUUUCGCUCAGGUUUCGCUCAGGUUUCGAUUUAAAAUGAGUUUAUUCGUUCUUCCCAAGUUGUUGCGUCCUGGAAGUGAUUUAAUGUCAAAAGCCAUCAUCCACGAUCCUAAAAUCACCAACAUUAUUACAACUACUCUGUCAAAUACACAAAAUGAUUACCUAGUAGGGAAUCCUGAGUGGAAUAACGGCACUCGCUCAGAUGUUGUCCUAGAAGCAAAGUCAUCAGUAUUGAACCUUCCCCCAAUAAUCAUAGAAAUUCAACAUACCGUUAACAGAUUGUUUAUGAAGAGAGUCAUAAAUUACAGUCUUGAAGCUUUUAAUAGACAUAAAUUGGACCCUAUUGUUCUAAUCAUAUGUACUGAUACCUUAUCUGAUUCUGUUGCCAAAGAAGUAAAGACCAGCGAUAUUCCUGCUUGCUAUGACUUCCCUUCUACAGGUUGGGCUUGUAAUUGCCUGAUUGUAUGUAAAAGACGCGUCCUAGAGUAUACUGAUACCAUGCCUUUGAAUCCAUUCAUUGCUCUUACUUUAUUUCUGACCAGCCGGGAACUUACAAAAAAUUGUUCACUUUACCAAGAUGAUCCAACUAUGCAAUAUUUGUACACUUUGGUGUCACAUUUUCAUCAAAAUCGUCUUGGAGAUCAGCAUAUUACCGAUAUUUUGGCACAAGUACUGGAUACCCAAGAUCACGAACAUACCAAAAUAUUGGAACUUAUUGACCAAAAUUCAUCAUCCAAAACAGUUGCCAAAGCCAUCAAGAAUUUACAAUCACAAAACUACGCAAUGAAAAGGAAAUACACUGAUGUGAAUCUCGAGCCCUCCUCUAUCCCUACUAAUAUCUCAACAGCAAUAGCAACAGCAACAACAACAGCAGCAGCAGACCCUACAAUUAGUGAAAAUAUUGACUUUACGCUAGAAUCGGUCACUCCAUAUGAACGAGGUAUGAUAUUUGUUGAAAAUUAUAAGCAUACUAGGAUGCAAAAAGGGUUUAAAAGAAUGGAUUGGUCAGCAUGUUAUUCUAAAGGAAUUGAAUUAAAAUUAUUUAAAUACAAAAGUGCGAAUGUUCUUCGUAAUCAAUUCAAUAAGUACAUAAACCAACAAAAAAAAAAAUGUCAGUAAAUACAGGAUGCUUAUAUAGUAUAUGGAAUAAAUAAAGUAUUUGUUAAAUAUCAGAUCAUAGGGGCACAGUGUCAUAUCAGAUACGAUGUGCACAUGCAUUCGCUUUGUGUGUAAUUCCAAUUAGGUACUUGCUUGACACCUUA